AUGAAGUUUUACAUCGAUGAUUUGCCGGUACUCUUCCCUUACCCAAAGAUCUAUCCUGAACAAUACCAUUAUAUGUGUGAUCUAAAGAAAACACUUGAUGCAGGCGGGAAUAGUAUCUUGGAAAUGCCAUCUGGGACAGGUAAAACUGUCUCUUUGUUAUCUUUGACAAUAUCAUAUCAGAUGCAUUAUCCUGAACAUCGUAAAAUUAUCUAUUGUUCGCGUACUAUGUCAGAAAUUGAAAAGGCAUUGGUGGAAUUGGAAAAUUUAAUGGCUUAUAGAGCUAAAGAAUUGGGUCAUGUGGAAACAUUCCGUGGCCUUGGCUUAACGUCAAGAAAGAAUUUAUGUUUGCAUCCAGUAGUGAGUAAGGAAAGAAAAGGUUCUGUUGUCGAUGAAAAAUGUCGAAGGAUGACAAAUGGGAUAGCAAAAAGGAAAUUAGAACAAGAUCCAAAUGCGGAUGCUGAAUUAUGUGAAUAUCAUGAAAAUCUAUAUAAAAUGGAAGUAGAUGAAUACUUACCAAAUGGUGUCUUUUCCUUCGAGAAAUUGAUUAAAUAUUGUGAAGAGAGAACAAUCUGUCCAUAUUUUGUUGUUCGUCGUAUGAUCUCAAUGUGUAAUAUAAUGAUUUAUUCAUACCAUUAUUUACUUGAUCCAAAAAUCGCAGAAAGAGUUUCUAAUGAAGUAUCAAAAGACAGUAUAGUUAUUUUUGAUGAAGCGCACAAUAUUGACAAUGUUUGUAUCGAGUCUCUAUCUUUGGAUUUAACCAAUGAUGUGCUAAGAAGAGCUACAAAGGGUGCACAUGCGUUAGAAGAGAAAAUCGAUGAUGUACGGAAAAUAGAUUCUCAAAGGUUACAAGACGAAUAUGAUAAGUUGGUCGAAGGCCUUCAUUCCUCUGAUAUUGUACCAGAACAAGAGGAACCCUUCGUGGAAACGCCUGUAUUAUCUAAAGAUCUUUUAAAGGAGGCUAUACCGGGGAAUAUAAGAAGAGCAGAACAUUUCGUAUCAUUCUUGAAGAGGUUAAUCGAAUAUUUGAAGACAAGAAUGAAAGUUUUACAUGUCAUCUCAGAAACUCCUAAAUCUUUCUUACAACAUUUGAAACAGUUGACGUUCAUCGAUAGAAAACCAUUAAGGUUUUGUUCGGAACGUCUCUCUUUACUUGUAAGAACAUUGGAAGUUAAUGAUGUUGAAGAUUUCAACUCCUUGAAGGACAUCGCUACUUUUGCAACACUUAUCUCUACUUAUGAAGAUGGAUUUUUACUAAUUAUUGAACCAUACGAAAUUGAAAAUGCAGCAGUCCCUAAUCCAAUCAUGAGAUUCACAUGCCUUGAUGCAUCUAUAGCAAUAAAACCUGUAUUCGAAAAGUUUUCCUCUGUUAUUAUUACAUCAGGUACCAUUUCCCCGUUGGAUAUGUAUCCAAGAAUGUUGAAUUUUGAAACCGUACUUCAAAAAUCAUAUUCCAUGACAUUAGCUAAAAAAUCUUUCUUACCAAUGAUUGUAACUAAAGGAUCUGAUCAAGUCGCUAUAUCAUCUCGGUUUGAGAUUCGUAAUGAUCCAAGUAUUGUCCGUAACUAUGGGUCAAUGUUGGUGGAGUUUGCAAAGAUUACUCCUGAUGGAAUGGUAGUGUUCUUCCCAUCGUAUUUAUAUAUGGAAAGUAUUGUCUCAAUGUGGCAAACGAUGGGUAUAUUAGAUGAAGUUUGGAAGCAUAAGUUGAUUCUUGUCGAAACACCAGAUGCUCAAGAAACUUCUCUAGCAUUGGAGACAUAUAGAAAGGCAUGCUCGAAUGGGAGAGGUGCUAUAUUAUUGUCAGUUGCAAGAGGGAAAGUCUCGGAAGGUAUCGAUUUUGAUCAUCAAUACGGUAGAACUGUCCUGAUGAUUGGUAUCCCAUUCCAAUAUACAGAAUCUCGUAUAUUAAAAGCGCGUCUAGAAUUCUUAAGAGAGAAUUACCAAAUUAGAGAAAACGAUUUCUUAUCAUUCGAUGCAAUGAGACAUGCAGCUCAGUGUCUUGGUAGAGUUUUAAGAGGUAAAGAUGAUUACGGUGUUAUGGUGCUAGCAGAUCGUAGGUUUUCGAGAAAGAGAACACAGUUGCCAAAAUGGAUUGCGCAGGGCCUAUCAGAUGCGGAUUUGAAUCUUUCUACUGAUAUGGCAAUCUCGAACGCUAAACAGUUUCUAAGAACCAUGGCUCAACCGACAGAUCCUAAAGAUCAAGAAGGUGUUUCGGUAUGGAGUUUUGAGGAUUUGACGAAACACCAAAACGAAAAGAAAAAGAAAAGCCAACCCAUAGAAGUCUUAGGAGAAGAGGACGAAGAUAUCGAGAUGGAGUAA